AUGGUUGAAGAGGUAAACAGGAAAGUUGAGGAGAUUGAGAAGUUAAGACUUGCAGGGAAGCAGACUGCUCAAAAGUUGUCCAGAGCUGAGGAGUUGAUCAAACUUCUGAGAAGGGAUCUUGAUUUUGAUGGAAGAAAAGACUUGAAGGACUCAGAGAGGAGGUUUGAAACUAUGGUGAAGGAAGCUGAGAAUGAGAAGAAACGUGAGAGGGAUAAACUGCUGGAGGAAGAAGGGACAACGAUUCACACGUUGGAGGAGAGCAUAUCGGAUAUAGAUGAUGUGGAUGUUAAGAAUCUAAGGGAGGGCAUCCGCUAUGAGUAUGUUAAAGAGGAGGUUGAGAAGAUUUUCCAGAUGCAUAGUAGUGCUGCAGUUGGUAGCUUUGCUAAAGGAGUUUUGUAUGAUGUCGUGCUCGAUUCUGGUUUUGGUGGUGAAAGAACGUGA